CCCCAAAAAAAAAAAAAUCUCUUGCAUCUUUUCUUGUCAUAGUUCUAAUCGCUUCACAGAUCCAGCGUCCUCAACAAAAUCUCUCAAAGAAACCCUAGAAUAUGGAGAAUCUUCGAACGAGAAAGAGGCCUCGGCUCUCGUGGGACGUUGCCGCUGCCCCAUCUCGAGAGGGCGAACGACGAGGGGCGUCACCUCCGUUGCGUGCAGAUGAUAGGGAUGGUCACUAUGUUUUCAAUCUUGGAGAAAAUCUCACUCCUAGAUAUAAAAUACUUAGCAAGAUUGGAGAAGGCACAUUUGGUCGUGUUUUAGAAUGUUGGGAUCGUGAAACACGAGAAUUUGUUGCUAUAAAGGUAGUUAGGAGUAUUCGCAAAUACCGACAUGCUGCAAUGAUUGAAAUUGAUGUCCUGAAUAAUCUUGCUAAGAAUGACAAAGAGGGAUCACGCUGUCUCCAAAUACAAAGGUGGUUUGAUUACCGGAAUCAUAUAUGCAUUGUGUGUGAGAGGCUUGGACCAAGCUUGUAUGAUUUUCUAAAGAGAAAUAAAUACAGCCCAUUUCCUGUGGAACUUGUCCGGGAGUUUGGACGUCAGCUUUUGGAAGCUGUAGCAUAUAUGCAUGAUUUACGACUUAUUCACACUGAUCUGAAGCCCGAAAACAUUCUUCUAGUAUCCUCUGAGUAUAUAAAGGUUCCCAGUCACAAGAGGAAAUCACAAGAUGAGAUGCAGUUCAGGUGCUUGCCUAAGUCAAGUGCCAUAAAGCUGAUUGAUUUUGGUAGUACAGCUUUUGAGAACCAGGACCGUAGCUCCAUUGUGUCAACACGGCAUUACAGGGCCCCCGAGAUUAUUUUAGGGCUGGGUUGGAACUAUCCUUGCGAUUUAUGGAGUAUUGGUUGCAUACUUGUCGAACUUUGUUCGGGGGAAGCAUUAUUUCAAACCCAUGAGAAUCUAGAGCACUUGGCCAUGAUGGAGAGGGUUUUGGGACCAAUACCUGAGCAUAUGAUUAGAAAUGCCAAUUGCUCUGCCGCAAAGUAUUUCCGGCGAGGGUCAAGAUUGAACUGGCCAGAAGGAGCCGUAUCUAGAGAAAGCAUUAGAGCUGUAAGGAAACUUGAUCGUCUUAAGGAUCUAGUUCUACGGCAUGUGGAUUAUUAUUCAGGAGCUCUUUUAGCUGAUUUAUUGUAUGGCCUUCUGAAAUUUGAGCCAUCAGAGCGCCUCGCAGCACGAGAAGCUCUCGACCAUCCUUUCUUUAGAAAUCCGGCAUGAGAAACAAAUGUUGUCAUGGGUUUAUAGAUUUAGAACUAGUGUUAGGCAAAAACUGAUUCAAGCUGGAGGCUGAUAUCAGUUCUGUACCCAAGUCUUUUUUUUACUCAACUUUUUUAUUUAGCUGAUGUAAUGGUUCUAGAGAAAAUAAGGUAAUGUUUGCAUGAGCUUUUUUCUUA